UCUUCAUCUUCAUCAUCAACAUUACCACCACCACCACCACCAUCAUCACUAUCAUCUGACACACUUUAUGCCGCGGUCAGGACUUAUUUUAUGAGAAAAUUAUCCUUGGAAAAAUGACUAAAACUGUGGAAAACUCUGUCGGUACCUUUGGAGAACUUCACGAAACUCACUUUCUGCGGAUAUAAACACUUUUAAUCCGUAUUUUCCACAUAUUUAAUUCACGAAUAUCACAUUUGGAGGGCUUGUCAUGUUAUUCUCUUCGAGUAUUAGGAUAAUUUUACCUGAGGACGAGCUAAAAUCAUUAGCCUGUUAGCCGAACGUCUUUAUUAGCCGGAUCUGUAGCAUCAGUUAUUCUAUCCCAUUAAAGUUUAACAAACUGGGGAUAUUUAAAAGUUUACACGCUUGACGUGUUUUGACACUAGUGUUGGUUAAUAUCAGAACAUUCAUUUUGUUUGUAUGCGAGAGAAACUGUGACAUUUCAGACAUUCUGUCGCGAGAUGUUGUUUAGCUAGUUAGCUUGAGUGGCUACAGAUAAAGGCACUUAAAUAUCUGCCAAUACAUGUGUAUUACUAAACACGGAAUAUGAAAGAGCUUUGACACAAACGGGAAUGAUCUUAGUGGCUUAAAUUGUACGUUUUUUUUCAUAAUUGGCUUGUUUUGCUUCACUUCCACUGAGUUGAUCACUAGAUUCAAAGAUGUAGAGAAACGUUUUUAUUAGGUAUGUAAGUAAAAUUAAGUUUGAGUUUAAUGCAGUUUUUGCACUGCAUUUUAGCGUGAUUAUGGGUGCGUUUUAUUUAUAGGUGUUGACAGAGCCUUUCUAAAGACUUUGCAUUGAUUUUUUUAAAUAAGAUUACACUACAUUUUCUUUGGACCGACACUCUUUUUCAAUCAUGUCUGGAGUGGUGCGUUUGAAAAAGCUGGAAAAACUGAUCCUGGAUGGCCCUGUCCAGUCUAAUGGACAGUGUUUUAGUGUGGAAACCCUUCUCGAUGUGCUCAUUUGUCUUUAUGAUGAAUGCAUCAACUCGCCACUCAGAAGAGAGAAGAAUAUAGCUGAGUUUUUGGAAUGGGCCAAACCGUUCACCUCUGAAGUGAAACGGAUGCGGCUGCAUAAGGAAGAUUUUGAAAUCCUGAAGAUUAUUGGACGGGGAGCUUUCGGAGAGGUAGCAGUUGUAAAGGUGAAAAGUUCAGAUAAGGUGUUUGCCAUGAAAAUCCUCAACAAGUGGGAGAUGUUGAAAAGAGCAGAGACAGCGUGUUUUCGUGAGGAACGGGAUGUGCUGGUGAACGGGGACUGUCAGUGGAUCACCACACUGCACUACGCUUUUCAGGAUGAGAACUUCUUGUACCUGGUUAUGGAUUACUACGUGGGUGGUGACCUCUUGACCCUGCUCAGUAAGUUUGAGGACCGUUUACCAGAGGACAUGGCACGAUUCUACCUGGCUGAGAUGGUUCUGGCAAUUGAUUCUGUGCAUCAGCUUUACUACGUUCACAGAGACAUCAAGCCAGAUAAUAUUCUUAUGGAUGUAAAUGGACAUAUACGGCUUGCAGAUUUUGGUUCCUGCCUAAAACUCACAGAGGAUGGAACGGUGCAGUCAUCUGUCGCCGUGGGAACGCCAGACUACAUCUCUCCAGAGAUCCUGCAGGCUAUGGAGGAUGGGAAGGGGAAAUAUGGUCCCGAGUGUGACUGGUGGUCACUGGGCGUCUGUAUGUAUGAGAUGCUUUAUGGGGAAACGCCCUUCUAUGCUGAGUCCCUGGUGGAAACGUAUGGCAAGAUUAUGAACCAUAAGGAGCGCUUCCAGUUCCCUGCCCAUGUGACAGAUGUCUCAGAGAAUGCCAAAGAUCUGAUCCGCAGGCUCAUCUGCAGCAGAGAGCACAGGCUGGGUCAGAACGGCAUUGUGGACUUCAAACAGCACCCAUUCUUCUCUGGCAUUGACUGGGAGAACAUCCGCAACUGUGAUGCCCCCUACAUCCCUGAAGUCAGCAGUCCUUCUGACACGUCAAACUUUGACGUGGAUGAUGAUUGCCUCAAGAACACGGAGACGGUGCCUCCUCCGUCCCACACCGCCUUCUCUGGACACCAUCUCCCAUUUGUAGGUUUCACCUACACCAGCAACUGUUCACUAUCAGACCGUGGCUUCCUGCAGGAGUCUGCGGCGCCUGCGCAGAUGGACAUAAGUGUGCAGCGCAGCCUGGAGGACAGUCUGGCUACCGAAGCGUACGAACGAAGACUUCGGCGCCUGGAGCAGGAGAAACUUGAGCUCAGUCGCAAACUACAAGAGUCCACUAAGACGGUUCAGGCUCUGCAGUACUCCAGUGGAGACGGGACUGUGUCUACCAACCGAGAGUUUGAGACUUUAAGGAAACAGAUUGCAGACAUAGGGCAGGUGGAGCAGCAGUUAGAACAGGCCGGUGCCGCCCGCAGAGAUCUGGAAGAGUCCGCCAAACAGAUCCGAUCUCUGGAGAAACAGCUCAAGAGCAUGCAGCAUGAGAGAGAUGACCUGAAGAAGCGCCUUCAGGAGUCCUCUGAGAAGCUGAAAACUCAAGGGAAGGAGUUGAAGGAAGCAGACAGCCAGAGGAAAUUGGCCAUGCAGGAGUUCAGCGAGGUGAGCGAAAGGGUGACGGAGCUGCGAUCACAAAAGCAACGUCUCACCAGACAGCUCAGGGACAAGGAGGAGGAGAUGGACACACUCAACCAGAAGGUGGAGGCACUACGACUAGAUGUGCGCAAAGCUGAGAGGGCCAAGAAAGAGAUGGAGGCCCAGGCUGAAGAGUGGUCUGGUAAGGCUCAGAAGGAGAAGAAGGUGAGAGAACGCAGUGAGCAGUAUAGCAGACAGCUGGAAGAGGAGCUGGAGGGAAUGAAGCAGAAGCAGGUGGGACGUUCUCCAAGUGUUUGCUCCUCUGAGCAGAACCAAGAGCUCAGUAAACUACGAGCAGAACUGGAGAAGAAGACUGUGUUCUAUGAAGAGGAACUGUCCCGCAGAGAACUUCAGCACACCAAUGAACUAAAGAGCCUGAAGAAAGACUUGCGAGAGGCUGAGGGCCAGCAGCUCACCUUGACAAAAGAGAUCAUGAUGCUCAAAGAUAAGCUAGAGAAGACCCGCAGAGAGAGUCAGAGCGAACGAGAAGAGUUUGAGACCGAGUACAAACAGAAGUAUGAGAGAGAGCGAGUUCUGCUGAUAGAGGACAACAAGAAACUCUCCAGUGAACUCGACAAGAUCACAUCCUCGUUUGAGAAACUGAGUUGCAGUAACAGACAACUAGAUGACGAGAUGAGAGAGCUGGCUGAUAAGAAAGAGAGUGUGGCCCACUGGGAGGCCCAGAUCACAGAAAUAAUUCAAUGGGUCAGUGAUGAGAAGGAUGCACGGGGGUAUCUUCAGGCUUUGGCCACUAAGAUGACAGAGGAACUCGAGGGUUUGAGGUACACCAGCCUGGGUGCUCAACCUACUGACAUGCCAUGGAAGAGGAGACGUUUGGCUAAGCUGGACAUGUCUGCACGUCUGGAGCUGCAGUCUGCACUGGAUGCUGAGAUCAGAGCUAAACAAACAAUCCAAGAUGAGCUCAACAAAGUCAAGGCAUCCCUUAUGGCCUCUGAUUGCAAGCUGGAGGAUUCUGAGAAGAUGAACCAGGACCUGCAGGCAGAGAUCCAGAGACUUACACAGGAAACUGAGAGUCUGCGCAUGUCUAAAGGUGUCAAGCACCAAGACUCUCAGAAUUCCUUCCUGGCAUUCCUCAAUGCUCCGACCUCUGCCCUGGAUCAGUUUGAUCGCUCCACUGCCUGUGGUCCAGCCGGAAAAUGCAGACUUAUCGACUCCAUUGAUAACUUCAGCCUGUCUAACACACCUUCCGGGGAGGAUGAAGGAAAAUCCCAAGUCACAUCCCACUCUCGAUCGGCCUCGACCACCAGCGACAUGGAGCCCCAUGAGCAGAUGGAUCAACCACAGCGAGGUGCACAAGCUCCCAUACGCUCGGGAUACAGCAGCUCUGGUCACAGCACACCUAAACCAAAAGCCCAUCAGUUUGUGGUGAAGUCGUUCACUACGGCAACUAAGUGUAACCAGUGCACGUCUCUGAUGGUGGGAAUAAUCCGACAGGGCUGUACGUGUGAAGUAUGUAACUUCUCCUGUCAUGUGACGUGUGCUGACAAAGCCCCUGCUGUGUGUCCGAUUCCGCCAGAUCAAAUCAAAGGACCGCUGGGUAUCGACCCCCAGAAGGGAAUUGGUACGGCGUAUGAGGGUCACGUCAAGGUGCCUAAGCCACUAGGUGUAAAGAAGGGUUGGCAGAGAGCCAUCGCUGUGGUCUGUGACUUCAAGCUCUUCUUAUAUGAUCUUCCUGAAGGCAAAGCUGCUCAGCCUGGUGUCGUGGUGAAUCAGGUCAUUGACAUGAGGGAUGAGGACUUCUCAGUUAGCUCAGUUCUGGCAUCAGAUGUCAUACAUGCAAACAGGAGAGACAUUCCCUGUAUUUUUAGGGUGACAGCGUCUCAGCUCGCUUCCUCCAGCUGUAAGAAAUGUUCCAUCUUGAUCCUGGCAGACAGCGAUCAGGAUAGAACCAAGUGGGUCGGCCUUCUGAACGAACUGCAUCGUCUCUUAAAGAAGAGCAAACUGAAAGAACGCAGUGUUUAUAUCCCUAAAGAAGCGUAUGACAGCGCCCUGCCUCUCAUCAAAACCACACAAUCUGCUGCUAUAAUAGAUCAUGAGAGGAUAGCUCUAGGAAAUGAGGAGGGAUUGUACGUUAUUCAUGUUACCAAAGAUGAUAUUAUCAAGGUAGGAGACAAUAAGAAGGUCCAUCAGAUUGAGCUGAUCCCAUCUGAACAGCUGAUCGCCGUGAUAUCAGGUCGAAACGGUCAUGUGCGACUUUACCCCAUGGUGGCCCUGAACGACCGUGAGGCCGACUUCUACAAGAUAGCCGAGACCAAAGGCUGCCAAACCCUGGUUUCAGGCACAAUCAGACACGGAUCUCUUACUUGCCUCUUCGUGGCCAUGAGAAAACCUGACAAGGUGAUCAUUUUCGAGCUCAACAAGAGUAAAACACGACAUCGGAAGCUGCGGGACAUCCUGAUCCCAGGAACCGUGCAGUGGAUGGGGUUGCAGGGCGAGAAACUUUGCGUGGGCUUCCAGUCUGGUUUCCUGCGCUACAGUCUUCAGGGCGAUGGAGCUCCCAAUAGCCUCCUCCAUCCAGAUGACCACACGCUGGCCUUCAUCGAGCAGUUGAGUCUGGAUGCGCUUUGUGCCGUGGAGAUCUCUAGUAAAGAGCUGCUCUUGUGCUUUAGCAGUAUUGGUGUGUAUGUGGACUACCAGGGCAGACGAUCACGACAACAGGAGCUGAUGUGGCCGGCUACGCCAACAGCCUGCCGUUAUAAUGCACCGUAUCUGUCAGUGUACAGUGAGAAUGCAGUUGAUGUGUUUGAUGUCAACACUAUGGAGUGGAUUCAAACGAUGCUUUUGAAAAAGGUUCACCCUCUGAAUGCUGACGGCUCGCUCAACCUGCUGGGACUGGAAACAGUCCGGCUCAUCUUCUUUAAAAACAAGACAGCAGAGGGAGAUGAGCUGGUGGUCCCAGAGACAUCUGAUAACAGCCGCAAACAGAUGGUGCGCAGUAUGACCAGCAAACGGCGCUUUUCUUUCCGUGUGCCGGAGGAGGAGAGACUUCUGCAGAGGAGGGAGAUGCUGAGAGACCCAGAAAUGAGGAAUAAGUUGAUAUCAAACCCAACAAAUUUCAACCAUGUGGUUCAUAUGGGCCCUGGAGAUGGAAUCCAAAUACUAAAGGAUCUGCCAAUGAACGUGCGUCCUCAGGAGAGUCGUGGUGUCCUGGGAGCAUCAGUCAGCAUCCCCUCCAUCAGCAAAGCAAGACCUGAACCGGGCCGAUCAAUGAGCGCCAGCAGCGGUCUUGGCACACGCCCCACCUCUCAAAAUGGCAGCGCACUGAGACGGGACCUUUCCAUUGGGAAUUACAGUUCCACCGAAAGGCAGAUGACAUCACCUUCUGAUGGCUCACUCUCAUGUGGAGGGGGUGUGGACUGCGCAAGUGACACCCCCCUCUCCCAGUUCGACAGAGAGAAUUCGGACUCACCGCAUCACUCCACAGCCUCCAAUAGCUCCAACCUGAGCAGUCCGCCCAGCCCCUCUUCCCCACACAAGAGCAAGACUCGAUCGCUAGAGCGCGGCGAACACCUCGGAUGGGAGACAUGAGCGGGGCCCCUGCCCGGUGUCUCCUGAUGUCCUUUGGGGCCCGAGUCCCCCCUUUGACCUGAUGAACUGCUACGGAGAGUCCCAAAUUAAACAAAGACCUAAAGAUGACUCCUCCUUUGACAUAUACCAAACAUGUCCCUGGGGCCAGGUGUGUGUUUGCGCGUAUAGAUGUGGAUGUGCAUUACACGUGUGCGAAGACCAAUGGAGGUUUAUGUUAUUACACGCACAUUACAGUGCACCUUAAAUACCUUUUGUGUGCACCAAAAAGCUACUUUAUUCUCUUCCUGUGAUGGAACAGGGAACAGACCACUAAGUUUAGCUUAUGUUCGCAAUCACCUACAGAUAAAUGCAAAGCUUUAACGUGAGUUUUCAUCACUGUUUGUUGAAAACCACAUCAAGUGUGCCUCAUACAAAACCAGAAAAAAAAAUAUGAAUGCAGUUUAAAGUUUUUAUUGACUGAUGGUAUUAUUAUAAACACAUAACA